CCCAUUAUUUACCCUUAAAAUGUGACUUACUGAAUAGGCAUAGCUCAACAAAACAGACAAACAGCUGUGGAAAGUGGUAACAGAGGGUGGUUGAUGUGUUUUUUUGGUUGUUUAUAGUUUUUCAUUCAAUUUUAUCUCGCUCCGAUUUCACAGCAGUGGCAUCUGGGAUAUUUAAUCUUUCCCUUCUCACUUUUUCUCUUGAAUCCCUCUUUCAAUCCUCCUCCUGUCGUCCUCCACGCCCUUAAACUCGCCCCUGUCCUCCGUUCCCUCACUGACUUGUUCUCUGUGCCUCUUUGAGAAGAAGGAUGUGGGGUGGUUUGUGCGUGUGGCAUUUGGGGCUUCUGUUUUUGGGGUUAGGAUGGGUGCAUGGACAAAGCCAGACCAACUUCACAAGGCCUGUAUUCCUGUGUGGUGGUCACUUGACGACGGACUCAGGGUUUGUGGCUAGUGAGGGUUUCCCCUCUCAUUACAAACCAAACUCCAAAUGCACCUGGUACAUCACAGUUCCAGAAGGCCAUGCUGUGAUGCUCCAGUUCAGGAUCUUUGAUCUAGAGGCGGAUCCCACCUGCCGCUACGACUACGUGGAUGUGUAUAAUGGACACUCGUACACAGUGCAGAAACUGGGCCGCUUCUGUGGGACGUUCCGACCCGGAGCCCUCAUCUCCACCUCCAACACCAUGAUGCUGGAGAUGGCGUCUGAUGGCAGCACAGGAGAAAAAUUAUUUCUUACUUAAUUCAGUGGAAACAAAACGCAUAUCGAUGAGAAUCAGUUCUGUGGUGGCAGACUGACGAAGCCUCAGGGUUCAAUGAAGACACCGAACUGGCCAGAAUCUGAUUACCCAGCAGGCAUCAGCUGCUCUUGGCACAUAUCUGUGGAGUCCAACAUGGUGAUUGAGGUCAAGUUUGAGAAGCUGGACUUGGAAUUAGACACAUACUGUCGUUAUCACAACGUCGCUGACCAACUGGCCCUCUACAACGACGGCGAGACCGACGACUCUCGUCGUAUUGGCAAAUUCUGCGGAGACAUGGUUCCAAAUGCGGUUGUGACCAAUGGAAAUGAGCUGCUGGUGCACUUUGUAUCAGAUCUAAGUGUGACGGCUGCAGGCUUUCUGGCUCACUACCAAAGUAUUCCCCGCGGCUCCCGCACUGCCACGGCUGGCCUGGACUCAGUACACGGGCCAAGAGUUGGCACUUCACCUACCAAACCCACGACUCAACCAGCAAGACCUAAGCCUAAAAUUAAGCCCACACCAAAAGCUCCCUCAAGACAACCUAAACCUGUACCACCCAGACCAACACCUAAACCGAGAUCAAAACCUGCACCCAAGCCUAAGCCAGUCAGACCUAACCCCCCAACAAGAUCCGGUGCACGAGUCACACCAAAACCUGCUGUGAAAGUGCCAGCAAAACCUACAAAGAAGCCUACACCUAAAAACAAAGUUAGACCAACAAGUACUACAGCAAAGCCAAAAGUAAAGCCUGGUGUCAAACCAGCAGGAAAGCCGAAAAACAGCCCCAUCUCUAAACCUGGGAACAAAACAACAACAAGAGCAGUUGCCAACCCACUGUGUUCCCUACCAUGCAAGCGAACAGGCACUCUCGUGACCCACUUCUGCCCCAGUCAUUUUGUGUUGACUGGUAAAGUGAUAUCACUUACCCCUGGAUCUCAAGGAAGUGCUGAAUUUGAGGUGACCAUCAUUAAGGUCUAUAAGGCAGGUAGACUUCAGUUCAGAAAGAGAGGACCCACCACAUCUGCCACAUUGACAGCAACGUGCAUGAAGUGUCCUGCACUGCAUAAAGGAGUGAACUAUGUGCUGAUGGGCCAGGUGAAUGAUGAAGGCCUUGGCAUUCUGACCCCAUCCAGCUUUGCUCUUCAGCAUAAGUCACUGCAUGACAAAGCACUGGCCAACCUCGUAAAGAAAACAUGUUGACCUCACAACCACCCUGACCAAUCACAAGUCGGAUCCCACUCACUCUGGUCUACUUUAAUCAGGCAGGGAAAGGUCAAGUCAAAUAAACUAAAUCCUUAAUUAUGAAUUGCAUCUUUUUACAAUGUAUGAGUAAACAGUUUAAGUAAAUAUUCUAUUACUAAGAGAACAGAAGAUUCAGAAAUCUGUGGUAUGUUAUGCAUCACACCAGAACCUUUCAGUCAUAAUCAGGGUAUAAAGUACAGGGUGAUUUACCAUUUUAUCUUCAUUGUGUUUGUAUUAUUAGGUUAUAUUAGACAUUUUGAUAAGGCACAAUGUAUUCAUUAUAAAUGAUAAAGCUCCUUUAAUUAAAGAUGGAUGACAUGUAAAAUAUGAA